AUGUUAGACAUAUCCGAAACCUCAUACAGAGUCUCCAUCACCCUCGACGUUCUGGAGUAUGGUGAAGAGGAAGAAGAACAGCCUGUGAUUUGCCUUGAAGUCUCCUACCCAGAAGAAUACCCUGAUGUGGGCCCAAAUCUCAACAUUACUUCCCCACCCAAUGCCCCAAGGCAUCCUCGACUAGACGUCCAGGAAGAUCGGGACCAACUCCUGCAGGCUCUCCAGCCCACCAUUGAAGAGAACAUGGGUAUGGCCAUGGUAUUCACACUAGUCAGCGCCUUGAAAGAAAGUGCCGAGCAACUCAUGACCGAGCGGGCAGAGGCCAUUCAAGCUGAGAAGGACCAGGCUGCUGCCGCCAGAGAGGAGGAAGAGAACCGCAAAUUCCACGGUACCGCAGUCACUGUGCAGUCAUUCCUGGAAUGGAGUGCGAAGUUCAAAAAGGAGAUGGAGGAGGAGGAGACACGGCUACGCGAGGAAAAGGAACUUGAAGACAAAAAGAAGAAGACUGCUAAAGACGAGAAGAAACUCACAGGCCGACAACUGUGGGAGAAGGGUCUGGCCAAGGGCGAUUAUGACGAGGACGAUGAUGAUAACAUGCCUGCCGUUGAAAAGCUCAAAGUGGCCGCAUGA